UGAUAUUGCUGAACAGUGCGCAAAUUUUGGCUUGGGUGAUUCACUUUUAGAAAAAGAAGCGCUUGCUGCUAUUCGUGAAAUUGGCUUUGCUGUUCGAAUGAUAUCAUUGCCAGAAUCAUUGCCGCGAACUUCUGAUUUGAUUUUCAUGAAUCUCAUCACGCUGGAAGAUCGUACGUACUGUAUUGAAUUGACACAACGUGGAUGGCGCGUCGCAUCAGAUCGGCACGACAGUAUGAACGGUGAUUAUCGACAACUCGAUUUGCAUACUCGUUAUUUUGAAACGAUUUAUCAGUUGCUAAAUGUAAUAUCACCGGAAUUCAGAAAUCAAUUUGCUAAUAAACUUAGCAAUAAGCUCAUUGCAUUGAGCAAUGGAGUUUCGGGUUUCAAAGGCACUUGA